AUGGUAAUCACAGUGACUCAAUCAAGCUCACCGUUGCCGACAAGCACGAUAAGCUCGACGACAAGCUCGACGAGCUCAGCAGCAGCACAAACACAUACCAUCCAGGUCGGUCUAGCGGACCAUAUUUUCAAACCUGACACUACCGUUGCGAAUAUCGGUGAUACUAUCGAAUUCGACUUCUACCCGCUAAACCACAGCGUCGUCCGCGCCGAGUAUGGCUUCCCUUGUAUACCUUACGAGAUGAUCGGGAACAACAAAAAAGGCUUCUUUUCUGGUUUCAAGCCCGUCAAUGCCAUCCUCUCCUCACCACCCACCUACCGCAUCCGUAUCAACGACACAAACCCUGUCUUCUUCUAUUGUUCUGCCCCUGGCAGCUGUUUAAACUACGGCAUGGUUGGCGCCAUCAACCCGAACGCAUCAACGAGCGUAACAUACCAACAUGAGCUAGCGCUAAACAGCACCUAUAUGCUAAAUGCAGGCGAACCUUUUCCUGCCGAAAGUCCCUUACCAAGCAACCUUCCCACCAGCUCAGCGACUGCAAGUCUUUCAGGUUCUACGCCAAGAUCCAAGAAAACACUGUCCGCAGGUGCCAUAGCCGGGAUCGCCAUCGGAGCCCUCUCCGUCGUCGUUCUCGCGGCUCUCCUCUUCUUUUUCUGGGGCCGUACCAAGAGUUUGAAAGACGAAGUAAAUCGCAAGGCAGGAACCGUGCGUCGCCUUGGUCCGAGCAAUAGUUCCACAGCAAUGUUAGAGUCAAGCCCAACUGCUGGUGGCCGUGCAGCUCAAGCUGCAAUUGGAGGGGGAUCGUAUCAGCACUACCAACAAGCCACGGCUACCUCACCCCCACCCAUGGAACAACAGCAACAGCACAUGUACAGCCACCAUGAACUAGGACUUAACGGAACUUAUCCACACCAGAACUUCAGCACACCAGCACCAUCCUACUUCGCCCCACAUAACCCACAACCCCUCAAAUACGACAUGUACAGUCCCAUUGGACAUCCAGCAUACAGCCCACCUCGUCUUUCCCACAAUAAUACACUCCCACAAAUCCCCAUAACCGCCCCUUUUGAACUCCCGCCUACUGGCGACCUCCACCAACAUCAACAUUACCCUCACAAUCGUGAACACAUGCACAUGUCCCCCGCGCCUACAAUCACAACCACAAACAACACACUCGGCUCCUUCUCCCCCCAAUCCCACUUCCGCUCUGCAUCACCACAUUGUCUCGCAUCAAUGGACCAAGAAGCUAAACGCGGAGCGAACAGUGUUGCUACAUCCCCAGUCCAACGACAACACGAAGAUGCGAUACCGACAUAUUUCGAAUCAGUGUAUAGAAGAGCGCUGGUGUUUAUGAAUGGCAGCAAUGGGCCAGUGGAGAUGCAGGGGUCCGAGGUUGGUGCUGAAGGUAGGGAUGGUGGUGGUGGCGGUGGUGGUAGUGAGGGGAAAGAGAGCGAGAUGGUUGCGGGGAGUAGGGAUGUGGUAGGUAUGAGUGUGAGUGGAGGGACGGCGACGCCUACGCCGAGGUGGGAGGAAGUUACUGCUGAGGAGGGGAAGAUGGGGAGGCUUUGA